ACAUCUUAGGAGGACUGGCUUUGAAUAAUACAUAUUUUCUGCCCUUCCUCAUCCCAUGAGCCAAGUCAGGUCAACUGUGUUCACUCUACCUGUGUUCCCUCAUCCCCUCUCUUCACCCAACUGACAGAAGCAGAUGAACGGAGAACCCCCGUGAUCACAGCUCCAUCCAUUCAUCCCUUGGGACUGUCGUUCCCUGCGUCCUGUCCUCGGGGAACUGACUCAGUUCCUACCUAGACACUCCAUCCACAUGUCUCCAUUCCUCGCAACAUUUUUUUCCCAUGCCUCCGCAGUACUGUGAGUCAAACCUAUGAAGCUCUUCUCUCCUCCCCUCUCCACCGGAACCAUCCGAAGGGCUUCUGUAUUGAUCAGCUCACGCAACACAUAAGGAUAUUGGAUGCGCCUGAACUGUACUGCUGCUUUUGGGCUUCCCCCACCCCCCCAUCAGCUCUAACUUUGGUCGUUGUUUCUAUCGCCUCGUUUGACCCGUUACAGCUGGCGUGAACUCGCGGGAGUAGGCCUCUAAGAAGCGGGACCCGUUACAUCCCUCGCUGACACGCGACGUUCUGGCACAUGGAAAUGUCGUUACAAUGCUCCUGUGACUCCUAAGUGACACGGGAGUUGUCGCAGCGCCCUAAACCUUGACACCAUAGCAGGCGAAAUACGACUCCUAGUCGAGCUGGGGAGAGGCUCCUAGUCCACCUUAGACCUGCUGACUCUCCAAGUGCACCUAUUGUAGGAACCGCCAUGGUUUUCGACCAUAGAACCAAGCUUCGACGCUGCCGUUUCCGCGAGGAUAUGAGGCAUGAUUCGCAGUUUAAACAACCCUUUCAACCUUCAUCGGUAUCCCGUCAGUUCCCGCUAGCGUUACUUCUUCUCGCCGCUCUCCUAGGAAUCCUACUACCAUGUCAAUCCCAAGCUGUUAAAACUUCCAUACCCAUUACAAGCGCCACCAAUCCCGCUACAAGACCUGGUUCUAAACUCGGUUCUAAACCUGUUCGAUCUCUCCGCUCGCUCGUCGAAUCUCAGCCGUCCGAUGGGUCAUCCUCGCUCGUAGUCCUCCCCGUCACCCACUCCUACGCGCAUCUCCCCGAAAGCUCCUUCCACGCGCGGCACGGCCGGCCACGUGGCGUCAUGACCGCGAAUCACGCUCGGCUGCUAAAGCUACACGAUCGCCGCCGGCUCCUCCGUCUCCAGCAAAACUCUCCCUCCGCAAAAACCAGCGCGGGAAGCGGCGCGGUUAGGGCGGGAACAGGGGAUUGGACGAUCGGAGCAAGCGCGGGGAACGGAUCGCUGGCGGAAGGAACGGUGACUGAAGUGGGAGGCGGGGCGUUCUACCAACUAGGAGGCAAUAUGGAGAUGACUAUAGCAGGCCUCUAUUGGGCGGAGGUGCAGCUCGGGCAGCCCGUGCAAAAGUUUAAGGUGCAGAUAGACACGGGCAGCGACGUGAUGUGGGUCACCUGCGCGCCCUGCCUCGCCUGCCCUGUCGGCUCCACUGUGGUCCUUGCUGUUCCUUACGAUAUCUCCAAGUCGUCAACAGGACAGGUGAUCGACUGCACCACCACCACCUGCUCGGCCCUGCAGCAAACCAGGCGCACGCUGGGCCAGGGGUGCCUGGACAUUCUGUACCCCAACUCCCCGGACCCGCGGUGCUACUACGGCAUCCAGUACGCCGACAACUCCACCAGCACGGGCUACCUCGUGAAGGACAGAUUGACCUUCGCUACCCUCGGAGGGGAAGCUGCUACUAUGGACUACACGUUCGGGUGCGGCUUCAAGCAGUCUGGUAACCUGGUAUCCGGAAGUCACCUGGUGGACGGGGUGAUGGGGCUCAACAUGGGGUCGCUGUCCAUGCUGACGCAGAUGCAGGCCGCCAGGAAGACCAAUGGGGUGUUUGCACACUGCCUGGGAGGGGAGGAGCUGGGAGGGGGGAGCCUCAUAUUUGGAACUGUCUUGGAGGAUGGGCUGCUGUACACGGGCUUACUGGACGACAGGUCGCACUACUACGUGCAGCUCAACGGCAUCUCAGUGGCGGGGCAACGCCUACCUGGCAUCGACCAAUCAUCGUUCUCCUCGCAGACCGACGUCUUCGGCUCUGGCAGCUUGCAAGCAGGGGGGGUGAUCAUCGACAGCGGCACCACCCUUGCCAUGUUCCCCACACCUAUUUACACUGCAUGGCUGCAGGCGGUCACCUCUCUCAUCACCCUACCCCAAGUGGAAGCCACGUCAGACUUUCUCUGCUAUGACUUUGGCUCCAACAAAUACGAGGAACUUACCAAGUACUUUCCAACAGUCACCCUUCACUUUGACGGGGCUGAUAUGACUAUCAACCCCCCGGGCUAUGUCUUCCUGCACUCGAGCGGUUCGGUCAUGGCUGCGUGCAUCGGAUGGCAAGCCAUGCUCGGAGGAGACUUCUCCAAAAUCACUGUCAUUGGAGAUAUUGUGCUACGCAACCAUCUGGUAGUUUACGACACCGAUAAUAUGAAACUCGGAUGGGCGCCGUACGACUGCUCCGUGGGUACAAUAACAGCGGAUGGCGGGGAAUACAAUGUAACCAUCAUUGUGGGAGCCAAUCUGCAGGCCCCUCCAGCCUCCAACUCCUCCCGCUCAGCUGCUCCGGGUCCCACACUCAUGCUCUCGUUAUUAGCUGCUGCACUAACGUCUGCAGUCCUGUUUCUUGGUGAUGGUGGAGAGGGUUUACCAGCAAAUGGUGAUCCUGCUUUUCCUGGGGGUUUGUUGCAAGCCGACACAUGUAGAGAGCAUCGGCAUGGUGGCUUGCAUGAUGGGUCGAUGCGAUGGUUAGAUGGUAAUGUGCAUUGGCCAAGGCGUGGCAUUGAUGCAAGCCAUGGCAUUCUCCAUGGUGAUGUGUAGUCAUUUUUGCAGUUGAUACAUUCUUAUAUUCUUACGUCAUAGAGCAAUCUCUUCUGGGAUAAUUAUUGCUAGCAUAUUAUUUUAUCCUUCAUAUAUCCUUUAAGGCCUACAUAUUCGACAGUCGUCCUCCGCGUUAUGACUUCAAGUGGGAUAUGUUUGUAUCCUUCAUGUUCAUGAUUAAUAAACUACCUAUUUAGCC